GUUCGUGUCCAGGUGCGGCACUACAGCCCCACUCGCUGGGUGUCAACAGAUGCUGAAGCCUAUUUCAUGGGAGUGGGUGCGGCCAUGGCUUUCAGGAGACUCUUCCAGUAUAUUACCGGAAGCAACGAAGGAGGUGUCCAGAUGGACAUGACCGCUCCUGUCCUGGUCAAGAUCCCAGAGAAGACCAAGAUGUGGGAGCCUGCUAUCUACACGCUCAACUUCCCACUGCCGUCAGCCUAUCAGGACAACCCUCCAGCACCCACUAAUGACAAGGUGAGCCCUCGAAUUGCCCUUGCCUCUACUGAGGUCAAACGCUCUUUAUCCUGCCGGUAACUGUGUAAUUCAAUCAGUGAUUUUCAGCUUUCAGAUCAAUAGAGAUCAUUGACGGG